AUGCAUAGGGCGUUGACAGCACGGCUGCUUAGGCAGGCCCUGAGAGUAGGCGAAGCUGGGUCUUCAACGGGAGUGCCGCUAUAUCUGUGUCCUGCUGUUGUAGGACUAUCAAGCAGGCUCUCAAGUAUAAGUCUAAGAGCGGCAACGAGCAUUUCCCAGCGACGAGCAAACCACACAGAAGCUGUCUCCAGCAAUAAUGAAUCGACUACGACGUCGCCAUUGCCUGAACCAUCACAGAAGCCGGCACGAAGAUUGCCGUUGACCUGUUCUGGGUGUGGCGCAUUCACGCAGACUGAGGAUCCAGACCAACUUGGAUACUUUGAUGUGAGCAAGAGGAGGGUGAGAGAAUGGCUGCACCCUGUUGCACGACGUUCAAAUCCUCUUGAAGGGGAUGAGGAUAAGAUUGUCAACGCUACGCUCGGAUCGUUAGACCAGAACAAGCUGAAAGAGCUUGGCUUGGAUCCCGCAAUGCUUAUUGAAGGUGAUGAGCCAAGCAACGAUGCCAUGACCUCACCUGUUUGCGAUCGCUGUCAUGACUUGCUGCAUCAUAGCACAAAAGGCGACACCGCAAAGCUCACCAUGUACCAUCCAAGCGUCGAGUCUCUGCGCGAGACAAUUGAGGAGUCGCCUCACAAAUACAACCACAUCUACCACGUCAUCGAUGCUGCCGAUUUCCCCAUGUCUCUCAUCCCGCGACUCAAUGUGCUGCUGGGCGACGUUCCCUUGCGCACGCGCAAUCGACGCUCCCGAGCGGGCAAGUACCAGAACGAUCGCAAGACCGAGAUGAGCUUCAUUAUUACGAGGGGCGAUCUCCUUGGCCCUACCAAGGAGAUGGUGGAUGCCAUGAUGCCCUAUUUGAAGGACGUUUUGCGCGACGCUUUGGGAAGACUUGGCCAGCGAGUUCGUCUUGGCAAUGUCAGGUGUGUCAGUGCGAGACGGGGAUGGUGGACCAAGACUGUCAAGGAAGAUGUCUGGAACCGUGGAGGCGCUGGAUGGAUGGUGGGUAAAGUCAACGUAGGGAAGAGUCAACUUUUUGAGGCCAUCUAUCCAAAGGGCAGAAUGAUCGAAAAGCCUGAACGGACCAGCGUUUCGACACAUCCAGGAGGCUCAUCUACUGGCAAAUCAACGACAGAUGAGGACGACGACAGCUUGGCGACUGUCAAUUUCGGAUCUCUCCUCCCCCCUCCCCAGCCGGCCCAGAAUUAUCCAGACAUGCCCAUCGUUUCGUCACUUCCGGGGACAACUGCAUCUCCCAUCCGCAUUCCCUUUGGCAAUGGCAAGGGAGAACUCAUCGAUCUGCCCGGGUUGGCGCGCAGUGAUCUUGAGCUUUAUGUGAAGGAAGAGCAUAGACAGUCGCUCAUUAUGAAAAAGCGUAUCAUUCCUGAGCAGGUUACUGUCAAGCCCGGAUCGUCGCUGCUCCUCGGUGGAGGGUUGAUUCGAAUCACGCCUCGAACACCAGACAUGAUCUUUCUAAUGUACAAUUUUACCCCACUUCACGAGCAUCUGACUUCAACGGAGAAGGCUGUUGCAUUCCAAAACCAAAGCCACCAAUCCAUUGGCCUUGAAAAUAUCACUUUGCCAGGAGCCGGAGACAAGAUGAAGCAUGCUGGCACAUUCAAACUUGAACACGACGUAACCAAAAAGAGAUCUGGGCCAUUAACCAGAAAGAAUGCUAUUGGGUUGAGCGUCGAUCAGCUACCAUUCCGUGUGCUGUCUGUGGAUAUCCUCAUCGAAGGCGUCGGGUACGUUGAGAUUGUGGCUCAAGUUCGCAGACGAACCUUGGAGCGCAUUCUAGAGUCUCAGAAUACGCCCAGAGAAAUGAAGCAGGAAACAAGACCAAGAGAGGCGCCUCAGGAUACGAGUGACCCGUUUUCCGACAUGUACAGCAUGAGGAGGGAUACAGCCGCAUAUGACAAGGCCACAGAGCCCAAGGCGCAGCUGCAGCCUCAGGAAUCGCCAGACUGGCCGGCCAUUGACAUCUACUCCCCUGAAGGCAAAUUUAUAGGGUCGAGAAAGCCGAUUAACGGGUGGCUGAACAACAAGCCACGCGAGCUGGCGGAACACAAGAAGAGCCGCCCGAGAAGAAGCAUGAAGGGGGCGAAGAAGCUUGAAAAGCAGCGAAGGGGGGAGCACCGGGACGCAUAA